AUGUCUUUGACGGCAUCUGCGGCAUCAACCAUAUGGACAUCGCUUGAAGAUGACCCACACCGUUGGGCAGAUCAGACAACCAAGCUCCGCGACUCGUUCACACAAUUUGUGAUCAGUUUUGCUCUUGGACUGGGCGCUUUCUUGUCUUUCUGUGUUUUGCGACCAAAAUGGACAGAGCUUUAUGCUGCGCGGAGGAAACAACGCUCUUCAGCGUCACGACUGCCGGAAUUGCCGGAUACCUUCUUCGGAUGGAUCCCGGUCUUGUAUCGCAUUACUGAUGAGGAAGUGCUGCAGUCGGCUGGUUUAGAUGCCUAUGUGUUUCUAUCGUUCUUGAAAUUCGCGAUUCGACUCCUACUGUCUGUCUUUCUUUUCGCUGUGACUAUCAUCCUACCCGUUCACCUCAAAUACACUGGCAACUCUGGAAUUCCUGGCUGGGAUGACGAUGAUGAUGACAGCUCACCUGGCAGCAAUAUUUCAGCGCGCACAUUUGGGGCCUUGGCUAAGGACGAUAAAGAUCCCGUCACGCCCAUUUCGGACCCGCCUUAUCUAUGGAUCUAUGUUGUCUUUCCCUAUAUUUUCAGUGGCCUGGCCAUCUACCUCCUUCUCCAAGAAACGAACAAAAUUAUCCACACUCGCCAGACCUACCUUGGUAACCAGACCAGCACGACAGAUCGUACCAUUCGUCUCUCGGGAAUCCCACCUGACCUGGAAUCGGAAGAUGAUAUCAAGGACUUCGUGGAAGGAUUGCGUGUUGGCAAAGUCGAAUCUGUUACAUUGUGUCGUCAGUGGCGUGAACUAGAUAACCUGAUUGAUGAACGGAUGAAGAUCAUACGUGAAUUAGAGCGAGCAUGGACAAAGCAUGUGGGAUACAAGCGCAGACGGCGUGACAGCAACGGCUUACCAUUGACUCGCCAACCGCCGCUUCCUUCCAGUCGGUCCAUAGAUGAAGACACUGAGCGAGCACAUUUGUUGUCUGGGAGUGAGCGCGCACAUGUAUCUGGGUACGCAAACGCACGGCCAAGAACUCGUAUCUGGUACGGCCAAUUCAAGCUUCGCUUUCGUUCUGUUGAUGCGAUCGAUUAUUUCGAAGAGAAACUGCGCAAGAUUGAUGAGAAGAUUCAGAGUGCGCGAGAAAAAGAAUACCCUCCUACAGGUAUUGCAUUCGUGACCAUGGAAUCCAUCGCAGCAUCCCAGAUGCUUGUCCAGGCCAUUCUUGACCCACAUCCAAUGCAAAUGUUUGCUCGCCUUGCCCCAGCACCAGCUGAUGUGAUUUGGAAGAACACAUACGUCUCUCGUUCCCAACGAAUGACCCAGUCUUGGUCCAUUACUCUCAUAAUUGGGUUUCUUACCGUCUUUUGGUCCGUUCUAUUGUUGCCAAUUGCGUCUCUGCUAGAAUUGGAGACAUUGCACAAGUUUUUGCCCUCGCUUGCCGAGGCUUUGUCUGAGCAUCCCAUCUUGAAGACCCUGGUCCAGACCGGUCUGCCCACUUUGGCAUUCACACUCUUGACUAUAGCAGUCCCAUAUCUAUACGAAUGGCUUUCCCAUAACCAAGGAAUGAUGUCUCGAGGAGACGUCGAGCUGUCCAUAAUAUCCAAGAACUUUUUCUUCUCCUUCUUCAACCUGUUCCUCGUCUUUACGGUAUUCGGAACAGCGAGUGGAUUUUAUGGGUUCUGGGAGAACUUGCGUGAUACGUUCAAGGAUGCGAAAACGUUGGCUCUCGCGCUGGCUACCUCUUUGGAGGGCCUCAACAAGUUCUACAUCAAUCUAUUAAUGCUUCAAGGCUUUGGUCUUUUACCCUUCCGGCUUCUCGAAUUCGGCAGUGUCGCCCUUUACCCACUGCGUUUUCUCGGUGCACGAACACCUCGCGAAUAUGCGGAGCUUACCACACCCCCGAAAUUCAGCUAUGGUUUCUCGAUCCCGCAGACCAUUCUCAUUCUGAUCAUCUGUAUCGUCUACAGUGUAUUCCCCAGCUCGUGGCUGAUUUGCCUUUUCGGCCUUUUCUACUUCACCAUUGGCAAGCUUAUCUACAAGUACCAGCUGCUGUAUGCUAUGGACCACCAGCAGCACUCUACUGGCCGAGCAUGGCCUAUGAUCUGCAACCGAGUAUACGUCGGGUUGGUUGUGUACCAGCUUGCCAUGAUUGGUGUUUUGGCUCUUCGCCGAAGCAUUACUCGCCCAUUACUUCUGGUCCCGCUCCUGAUCUUCACAGUCUGGUUCAGUUACUGGUUCGCCCGUACAUAUGAACCUUUGAUGAAAUUUAUUGCUCUCAAGAGCAUAAAUCGUGAACAACAAGGAGCAGAUGAUGUUUCCCCCUCUUCCUCGUCCAUUCUAUUUUCGCCACCGUCUGGAAUCGACCGCGAUGCGUUGCCCAUUCAGAUUGGGGGGCGAGAACUUGAAUUGCGGCUGAAGAAGUAUGUCAACCCGAGCCUGAUCGUGCCACUGCAUGACGCCUGGCUCCCGGGCCGCAAUCCUGCCCAGGGUAAUGGGGCUUCUUUACACGAAGCUCACGAGACCUCCAACCAUGCGUCGGUUUGA